AGCCAGGUGGGAAUGGCACCAGAGUAAAAGAGGAUCCGGAGCACAGGCCCCUCUUGAUUGCUGCAGAGAGACAAGAUGGGGGCUGGCCCCCGGCUGCUGCUGGCCUGGGUGAUGUUUGAGUUGCCCUGUCCCUCUGCCUGGCCUUUGCCAGGAGUGACGACAGCUCCCACCCAGGCUUCUGCCCCCUCCCUUCCCUGGGUCCCCCCCAGGGUCCUCCUGCCACCACUGAGAGUCCGACCUCGAGCCGCCUGGCUGGAGGCCCCGCUGUGUCCCUAUGGUGCGGCCGUUCUCUUCGUGGUGGGUCUGGCCCAACGCGGGGACGGUCCGAAGGGGACGCUGGACUCCUUGGUGUAUAGCACCACCCUCUCUUACAGCCACCUACCUGCCAUCAGAACCAGCCCAGGUGUGGUCCAUAUCGAGUGUUGCUACCCCAGCAGCCCGCCUCCGGUAAAAGUCUCUCAAGCCGUCGGCAAAUGCUGUGAGGAAAGGAACUGUGGGGCGUUCAGCGGUCGAUCCGGGAGACUCCAACGCAAAAGGCAUCUUCCUUCACAGCCAGGCAAUUCCUCUGAGGCAGAAGCGGAUGGUAUGAUGGUAGGACCUUCGCCAAGCCGUGAGGCAGCUCCAAGGUCCAGGGACCGGGUGGAGGUGGUGAAGAUGACCGCUAAAGGGAAUGUGAAGGAUCGCAGGGUGGCUUUGGCGCUGAGCGGGUUAGUGGCAGCAAUCUCCGCUCUCCUCCUCGCUGGGGGAGCCCUCCUGGUGCGUCAGAGGUGCAGCAACGCUGCUGUCUGACUUGUUUUAGAGGCGUGUUUCUUUGUGGCCGAGCAAUAAAGGACAGACUUUGGGUUCCGGUGACUGGCUCAGUGGAGAAUGGGGAGGGGGCUUCCGGCAUGGCUGUGGAAGGGAAGUCCCUGCGACGGCCUUGGCUUACUUUGUUUUAUUUUUAAGGCUGUUCCUAGAUGUUCUGGAAGGGCAUGGGUCUAUUUUGACUACACUUCGAUGGGUUGGGUUGAGAGCUGAGUUUAAUAGCGCCUUCAGCCAGUGUACCUCAAACGGUGUCACGGGAACAACCUCCAGUGAUGGGGAAUUCCACCACCUCCCCUCACAGAUUGGGUUUUCAUUUCUGUGGAUCUGC